GCACCCAAAAAUGACAUGUGGGUCCACGCAACCUUUUGUCCCCACCAGUCAGUGGCACCGCAGGGUAACCACCCGCGUCCGCCCGGAAACCAUCUCAAGGAAAGUCAAAGCGCCCCCCCGCUCCACGUCACGUCGUGCCCCACCCGUCCCCUGCGGUCCCCGCAUCCCGAUCUGCCUCGUCCUCCGUCCGAUUCCUCAAAUCCAACGGCCCGGAUCCGACCUGCACCGCCCGCGUGCCCCGCCCCGGCCUAUAAAUACGCACCCCGAGUGGCCUACACCCCGCGCGUCACAGUCGCUCCGCUCCGCUCCUCACCGGUUGCGGGUCUAAAGUGUGCGCUGCGGAUCUCCACUUCGGGCUCGGCUUGGUCGGGUGGUUCGGGUCGCUUCGAGAAGGGGAAAAAAAGGAUAAGCAGGCAGCGCGGAGACGACUCGACUCGAGAGGCGAGGAAGCGGGAAAAAAAAAGAGAGGAUAAGGCGAGGCGACAGGGCGGCCACCGCGCGCUCCCAGAUCCGCCCUUCUCCCGCGUAGAUCCAGCUCGCCCACGCGAGGACGCGGCGUCCUCGCGCUUUAUUCCGGCCCCAGGGUCUCAGUUACUUCAGAUCCAGCUUCCCAGAUCUGACUCCCUGGCGCCUGGACACAUGACACCGACGGUCCUCAUGGAAUUUGGGCAGCAGAGGCCAAUAAAGAGGGGCUACGAAGAAAUGGCCAUCCGGGGCGUGGCGGAAGCCGCGCCGCGGGGUUAUGCAGAGACUGUCGGCGAGUCGGAAGGUGCAGCCGGCAGCCCUGUUUGUGUUGACUCAGAGGACUCGUCGGCUCCAAAGCGCAAGUGCAUCAGUCUAAACAGCGAUGGCUUCGAUGUGAAGCGGGAGAUCUUUGUGCCAUCCAAGAUGUCAUCGUCUGAGCGGCGGUAUCUUCGGAAGAGAUUCCGGGCAGAGCUUGAUUCUGUCCGAGAUCUCCUCAAGAAGCCAAAGUUUGCAGCCUCUGUCCCUGUCAAUCGAGCACCUGCGUUGUCAUCGUCAGCUGCCCCUCGACCCAAGAAGGUGCAACGCGGGAGCCAUGCUGUUCGUGGUGCUAAGGGACGGUUCUUGCCUACAAAACCCCGGCCUGAACCUUCUGCAGUGUUAUCUGAAGCUGCAGUUUUUAAGCAGUGCGAUGCAAUUUUGAAGAAGCUGAUGACUCAUAAAUAUAGUCAUAUAUUUAAUGUCCCAGUUGAUGUGGUGAAGCUGCAAAUUCCAGAUUAUUUUGACAUCAUCAAGCACCCAAUGGACCUUGGUACUGUCAAGAAGAAGCUCGACUCUGGCUCAUACACAAGCCCAUCAGAUUUUGCGGCUGAUGUUAGGCUGACCUUUAACAAUGCGAUGACUUACAAUCCUCGUGGGCAUGCAGUGCAUGACAUGGCCAUCCUACUGAACAAGAUGUUUGAGAAUAGAUGGAGGACGAUUGAAAAGAAAUUGGCUUCUGUUGCCACUGAGACACAUGUUGAGGUUGACAGAGCUGACUCAAAGAGGAGGAAGACUCCUCCUGUGGACUGCAGCGAGGUGUCAAUGGAGUGUGUAAGGCAAGCAGAGUGUGUAAAGCCAAAGAUGACUUAUGAUGAGAAAGAAGCCUUUGGGAACUGUUUGUCUUCUUUAUCCGAGGAUCAGGAUUUACCUGCUCACAUAAUUGAUCUGCUGCAACAAUGCAUUGACAACAAUACAGAUCAGCUUGGUGAUGGAGAGAUAGAGAUUGACAUCCAUGCUGUCAGUGACGACCUACUAUUCGAGCUGAAGAAACAUGUUGACAAGUAUUUGCAAGAUAGAGGGCAGAACCAGCAGGCGAAAUCUGAGCCUUCUGAGAACGAGGCUGUGAAUGUAUCUGGCCUUAGCCACUCGUCUACAAAUCCAUGCAAAGGUGGCGAGCCUGUUGAGGAGGAUGUGGAUAUUUGUGGUAAUGCCUCCCCUAUUUUGAUAGAAAAAGAUGCACAAAUCAGGAGUAGCAAGGGUGGUAGUCCAAGUAGUUCCAGCAGCGACUCUGAAGCAUCUUCCAGUGAUUCUGACUCAGGCAGUGACUCUGAAAGUGAAUCAGAAAAGGUUGUUAGCCCAGCAAAGGUUGCGAAGGGAACUAAGAAACCUGACCAGCUGGUGGAGCAGGACAAGAGUGAUGUUAUUAGUCCAGCUGAUGCCAACUGUCCUGCUGAUAAUGUGGGACUCCGUGAAGAGGACAGUGAGUCCAAGCCUGCACCAGAAGAGGGGGACAACUCAAAAUCCGAUAGGCAAGUCUCCCCGGACAAGCUUUUACGAGCAGCCCUUUUGAGGAGCCGUUAUGCUGAUGUGAUUGUCAAAGCUCGUGGCGUUCUCAGCCAGGGUGGGGACAAACAGGAUGAACUGGAAAAGCUCCAGAAGGAAGAGAAAGCACGGCUGUUAGCUGAAGGUAAUGCGGCUAUGGAAGCUCGCAGAGCUGAAGCUGAAGCUGAAGCUAAACGUAAACGGGAUCUUGAGAGGGAGAAGGCUCGUCAGGCCCUGCAGGAGAUGGAGAGAACCGUAGAAAUCAAUGAUAACCUCCAUCUCAAGGAUUUGGAAAUGCUUGGAACAGCCACAGCAGAACAUAUUGUGAGCUCUGUUGAUGAGACUAGUCCAGAGCGCUCCCAGGAUGGUAUGCCGAGUUUUCUUCCUGGAUUUGUCAAUCCUUUGGAACAACUUGGACUAUUCAUGAAAACAGACGAUGAAGAAGAUGAAGAACCGAGCAGUGUUCCCAGCGAUAAAGAUGCAGAGGAAGGAGAGAUCAACUAGUGGUGUGGUGUUGGUUGCCGUACCCUAAGGGUUUGAGGCUGGUGCCAACCUACUGAUCCAACAGAUCAAUCGCCUCUUGCAACCAGUGUUUGUGGGGCGAUAGCAGGACAGUUGCACGUGGUAGACACUCAUUUAUUGCCAAACUGAUGCAUGAAAAGCCUUCAAUUUUGAUGCUGCUGGAGGUGUUAAAUUAUGCGCCUGGAGGAUGGAGAUUACCUUGAACAGCUGCGAAAUGAGUGGUCAUGUGCUUGGAGAAGGCUCAGGGGAGGUUAAGGUCACCAUCGACAGCUUCAAAUGAACAUAUUUAUGUGCUUGGAGGAUGGUGUUUACCAUGCAAAAUCAGGUUUAUUUCCUUCAUUAUCCUGGACGACAUCAAGCUUGGCCGGUCCUUCAAUUUUAUCUUGGAAGUGGCCGCGUCAAGAACUGGUGACACAAGGGUAAAAUGCUGCGAGAAAUGGUGAUGGUAAAAUGACGCCCGAGCUGGUGAAGUUCAAAUGGCUCAUGAUUUAUUGCAACACCUCCGCGUGCAAUGUGAUUAGCGCAAAAGCUUCAGGCGUCUAGGUGUUUGCCCAGAGGCUCAUAGCUUCUGUUCUUUUCUUUUUUUUUACUUUAAUGUUUUAGAUUGUUAGGUGCUUCCUGCUGUAAAUCCGAAUUUUGAUGUAGUGGAGGAAGUGCUAGUUUGUUGGGCAUGGGCAAAAAGGAACUGCUCCUGCUUAGCUUCUACAGGGGAAAAAAUGUUUUGCAGUGGAGGAAGUGCUAGUUUGUUGGGCAUGGGCAAAAAGGAACUGCUCCUGCUUAGCUUCUACAGGGGAAAAAAUGUUUUGCAGAUGUAUUUUUUUUGUGCAAAUUUGUUGUCAUCCGUGAGACAUUAACUAUCUGUAAGUUGCUGCUGUAAAGUGAAUUGAUCAGAAGUGAAUAUUGGACGUUCUGAAUUAGAUA